AUGUCGUCUCGCAUCGAGCGCGUGGAAAAACUUCUUUUAAGAGCUUUGCUCAUUGUCACUCGUGAAGAUGCUGUUCUGUUUAGUACAAGCAAAUUCUCAGACCAGGAGACCGUCACUUACAUCAAAGAAAUGUUUACCAUCAAGGAUGGUGAGAUUUUAGCAGUUUAUAAUUCAAUUUCUAACAACUCCCUCCCAUCAAUACUUCCCUUAGAAAAGCUUGACCAUCGGACUGCUUUCCUUUUGAAAAAUGCCGGAAUGACUCUUUUGAAAAUCACACGCAAAGAAUUCGAGACAAUCCCAACCGAACGCUUUUUGGCCAUUCGAAGUGCUUUACCCGUCACUGUAGAAGAGGAUGAAGAGAAGAAACAACACGAAGAAGUCAAAGAGACUCGUCCAGAGAAUGCAUAUGUUCCGCCCGCUCUUCGUAACUCGCCAAGCCCAACACAAAAAGUAAAGAAAGUCGUUGAAACUCCAAAGAAGGCACUUCCACCACAAGAGGAGUUACUUUCUCUUCCCACAAAAAUGGAGUUAGAUACCAUUUUAUUAACAACUCAAGCAAAGUCACAGAAUGUGACAUACCAAAUCACUGAAAAGGCAGGAAAUUUCACUUCUCUGUUCAAAGAGAUGAACAAAAAGACAAACUUCGUGUUGCUCUAUAAAUUGUUUUCUAAUAACAACUUCGUCUCUUUCGCAACAUUCCACAAACAAGCUCCAAAGGAACUUAACUCCGAAAUUAAUGACGGCGACGAAUAUGUGUUCUCAGUCCACAACCCACCUUAUAGUUCAGUUCCUAUUAAAGCAAAACCAUUCAAAAAGACGAUGUGCAUCACUGACGACUCGUUGAAACUCUUCAGUUUGGGGUCCUUUGAAAACGACUUCUCUAUCACUCAAGCCGGAGGUCCUAACACACUCUUCGACUUCCCCGCUAAACUCCCGCCUUCACAUAUCAUCACUUUCAAUAAGAAGCGCAAGUGCGACGCUAAGUGGGUCUCCAUCUCUUUAAUUGAACUCAAGGUAUAG